AAAAUGAGUUGUAAAAAGUCUCCCGAAGAACUGAAGAGCAUUUUUGAAAAAUAUGCAGCCAAAGAAGGUGAUCCGGACCAACUGUCGAAGGAUGAACUGAAGCUAUUGAUUCAGACUGAAUUCCCUACUCUGCUCAAAGGUUCAAGCACUAUCGACGACCUCUUUAAAGAGCUGGACAAGAAUGGAGAUGGAGAAGUUAGUUUCGAAGAAUUCCAAGUGUUAGUAAAAAAGAUAUCCCAAUGAAGGAGCAAACAAAACAGCAUCCUGAGCCCUGAACGAAGAGCACCUG